AUGCAGAGAGCCCAGGCCAGCAGUGAGCGGACCCCGCUGGUGCCGCCCACAUACAUGUUCGAGUCCAGCAUCUCCAGAACCUAUCAGAAACGACUCAGGAACUUCCAGUGCGCCGUCUGCGUCGUAUUGAUUUUACUGCUGUCUGUAACAUUAUUGGUGACCAUUUCCUAUAACCUCACCCUCGGCGGCCCGGAGUUUCCAGAGGUCGUGUCUCCAACAACACCACCUUCUCCUGAGGGAAACCUCACUCGCCGGCUUACUCUAAGUCCUGACCUGAUGCCGAUCAUAAACAGAUCCUGGCCUCUCCAUGGUCGCCCUAUCCCAAAAUGGGAAGCCGAAACAAUAAGUCCCGAAGCCAUAGACGCCGCCGUACAGAAAGGCAAAGCUAUGCUAGUGAAGCGUAGAAUGAUAGAGAGAAGCCUUACUCCUCUCGACUCAGAGUCACCGGCCUUCAGGGGUCAAAGGGCGGCAGCUACGUCCGCUCUAGUUAAACCGAUCGCCGAGACAGCGUACGCUGUUGAAGAGGCGACCAGAGAAUUACUGAACAGGACUGAGCUACCUGAUGCAGUGGGCGCCGUAGGUGUCGGACCACCAACUAACGGAUCAUUCCCGGAGCCAGCCUACUGCCGGCCGCCCCCCGCGCCCUGCGUCACCUCUAAGUACAGGACCCAGGAUGGCUCCUGUAACAACCUGGAGCAUCCUCUACUCUGGGGCGUCUCCAACACACCGUUCAGACGAGUGCUACCUCCAGAUUACGGUGACGGUGUAAGUUCCCCCCGCACUGGUUGGAACGGCGCUCCUCUGCCCAGCGCUCGUGACGUCAGCGUGACGGUCCACCGACCCAGCUACGCUCACGACACACAGUUCACGGUGAUGCUGGCCGUGUGGGGACAGUUCAUAGACCACGACAUCACGGCCACCGCUCUCAACAAGGGAGCGAACAGCACUCCCAUCUCCUGCUGCUCCGACAUGACGAUCCACCCGGAGUGCUUCCCGGUGCAGCUGGACCCGGAGGACCCCUUCUACCAGGACUACAACCUCACGUGUAUGGAGUUCGUGAGGUCAGCGCCCGCGCCUACCUGCCAUUUCGGUCAUCGUGAGCAGCUGAACCAGGCGACGGCGUUUCUUGACGCGUCUACAGUGUACAGCUUUAUGGAGAACAAGACCAACCAGCUGCGAGCGGGAGCCAACGGACAGCUGAGGAUGUUGAAGCUCGGACCCUGGGAACUACUGCCGCCCUCCACAGACCCUAACGACGGGUGUAACACGGUCGAGAUGAACGCGAAAGGACGGUACUGCUUCGAAUCAGGUGACGACCGCGCUAAUGAGAACCUCCAUCUAACUACGAUGCAUCUACUAUGGGCCCGACAACACAACCGCGUGGCGACGCGCCUGCAGCAGCUCAAUCCCGCUUGGGACGACCAGCAGCUGUUCCAGGAGACGCGCAGAAUCGUCGGGGCACAGAUGCAGCACAUCACAUAUGCAGAAUUCCUACCUUCUAUAUUAGGAGAAGACGUAAUGUGGUCGCUGAACCUGACGCUCCAGGAGUCAGGGUACUCCAGCGUGUACGACCCAGACGUGGACCCAUCCAUCGCGAACCACUUCUCUGCCGCAGCCUUCAGAUUCGCUCACACCUUGCUGCCGGGUCUGAUCCAUAACGUGGACCUAAGCACGGGCACGGUGAGCUACACGCAUCUACACGAGAUGUUGUUCAACCCGUACACGCUGUACACGGAGCAGGGGUCCAAAAAGUCCGUGAGGUCCGCCAUCAACACGCCCGUGCACGCGGUGGACCCGCACAUCACCAGCGAGCUGAGCAAUCACCUGUUCGAGCGUAGCGUUGCCAACACCAGCAGUGGUGUGAAAGGCGCCAACCCCUUGCCGUGUGGGUUGGACCUAGUGUCUCUGAAUAUACAACGGGGUCGUGACCACGGCCUGCCCGCCUACCCCGCCUGGAGAGAACACUGCGGCCUCUCUCGACCACAGACCUUCGAGGACCUCGACCCGAUCUUUGACGAACUCUCUUUGAGCAGGAUUUGCAAAAUAUACAAGAGCGUCGAUGACAUAGACUUGUACACGGGCGCCCUGGCCGAGGACCCCAAGGGUCGUCUGCUUGGGCCCACGCUCACCUGUCUGGUGGCGGACCAGUUCCUGCGACUCAAGGUCGGGGACCGCUACUGGUAUGAAACCUCGGAUCCAGAUAUUAAAUUUACUCCAGAACAACUGUACGAAAUCCGUAAGACGACGCUAGCGGGAGUAAUCUGCGCUAACGAGGGUCUACUAGACCAAGCGCAGCCUCGCGUUAUGGAGGCUCUGAGCGCCACCAACCCGCUGGUCGACUGUAAAGAACUCCCUCAACCAGACUUCAAACCUUGGAUAGAUCCCGACCAGAUCCAGCCUACUAAGAAACCAAACAAAAAAAAUAAGAAAGGAUAA